AUGCUCCUCUUACCCAUAUGGCUCCUAGCCACCCUCGCCCAGUCCACCCCUCUUUCGAAAACAACCACCAAACAUCCCACAGCAACUCUAUCAAAGACAAUCUUCAUCGGUAAAACCCUGCCCGAAUUCGACCAAGAUCACUUUCUCGGUAUAAAAUACGCCAACAAACCCACCCGCUUCACAGCAUCCUCCCUCAAAACCACCUACGCCUCCAACGAUAGUAACUCCGGAGUCUAUGAUUCUUCAUUCGGAGGAUUGACAUCGAACAUUCAUGUGUACUACAACGCCUCGGAAUACGGAUAUGACUGCCCAGCGUACAACAUGAGCUAUAUUGUCCAACAGGGCGCUUUAAAUGGGAAACCAGUGCUAGGUGUAUCCAUCAACUAUCGAAUGGCUGCUUUCGGUUUCUUGGAUUCAAAGGAAGUGCGCGCUGAGGGGAAUACCAAUCUUGCUCUGAGAGAUCAACGCACGGCUAUGCGAUGGGUGAAGAAGCAUAUCGAGGCAUUUGGCGGUGAUCCGGACCGGAUCACCAUCUGGGGCGAGUCUGCUGGCGCGUACAGCGUCGGAGCUCAUCUCGUGACCAACGGUGGAGAUAACGAAGGUCUCUUCAGAGCUGCAAUUAUGGAAUCCGGCAAUGCCGUCGGACCUCCAUACAACGGUACCUCAUGGCACCAACCGAUGUAUGACCGAAUCGUCGAACGGGCAGGAUGUACAAAUGCCACAAACACUUUACAAUGCCUCCGCGACCUCCCUUACUCGACAAUCUACAACGCAGCCUACGAGGGUCUAGAAUGGUUUGCCACCAUCGACAACAGCUUCAUCUCCCAAUAUCCUCAGAUUAGCUACAAAGAAGGGAAACUCAGCAAAGUGCCUAUUCUACUAGGGACCAAUACAGACGAAGGAACGACGUCUAAACGCUGGGUCCUCAACCGUACAGAAGCUACCGAGAUUCUUUCAGAGUAUCCCAAUAUCCCGGCCCUAGGAUGUCCCUACGGCUGGGGCAAUACUACCUGGCCGUCCCUGGGACUGCAGUAUAAACGCUAUGAGUCCAUAGCGGGUGAUCUGACGAUGUUUGCGCCGCGACGGUUGCUAGCGCACACCAUGGCUCAAUUUGAGAAUGUAUAUUCGUAUCGAUGGGAUGUCGCGGCGCUGAAUACUAGUUCGACGAUUGGAGUGCAGCAUUUCGCAGAGAUUCCGUUCGUCUUCGCGAACCCGGUGCAGAAUAUCACUGCACUCGGAUCCGAUCCGACGAGGUUGGAAUUGGGGCAGAUGGCGGCGAGAAUGUGGACUUCUUUUGUGACGGAUUUAGAUCCCAAUGGACAUGGAGUAUCGCAUGUACCCCAAUGGCCGGAAUAUUCCUCCCAGUCAAAGAACUUUGUCUUCCGUCUUCCAAGGAAUGAGAGCUAUAUCGAGGACGAUACCUAUCGCGCGACGGGAAUGAAUGUUAUCAAUGGUAUCGCUCGUUGA